UUCAUAUAUAAAUCAAAACUAAAAUAAACUUUAAUUUCUAAUUAUAGUUUAUGAUAAAUAAUUUAAAAUUAACUACUUUUAUAUAUACAAUUUAAAAUAAUUCUAAAAAUGUUUUUAAAAGAUUUAGUUUAUAACUUUGUUUAAAAAAUCAUUUGUAUUCAAUUAUAAAGAUAAAUACUAUAAUAUUAUAAUUACUUCAUGUAAAAUUUAAUAAAAUUUUAAGGAAUGGUCCAAAUUAAAACCAGUAUAUGGUUGAAUCCAUAGAAAUGUAUUUUAAAAUAUUAUAUAUUUAUCAGUACAUUUUUGUUAACACAAUAUCUUAAUAAAUAUUGAUACAUGUAUAAUGUAUAACAUAAAUAAUAAUAAUGACAUUUUUUUUUAUUCAAUUUUAUUAUUUGCAUAGUGUAAUUUUAACAUGAUUUUAUUUGCAUAAUAAAUAUUAAUUAUUAUUAUUAUUACUAAUUAGAUCAUAUGCAGGUAUUAACUCUAGAAUAAUUAAAUGUUAUUAUUAUUAAGUAUAUUAUAAAUGGUUAUAUGCAACUAUAAUUAUAUAUUGAUGGAAUAAAUAUAUUUUCGAAAAUAUCCAUAUCUAAUAACAUUUUGAUGAAAUAAAAAGAGAAUUAAAUAUCUUGUUAGGAUAUUGUUAUGAAAAUACAAAAAAUAAAUAAUGUGAGCAACUUUCUAGGAAUGGUCCAUUUAAAAUAUCACACAUUAAAGAAGUCAUGACUUCUAUUUUAAUAGUAUAGAUCUUUUGUAGUGUAUAUACUUCUUUUAGUUGUGUACUUGUGUUCAAAAAAAAAAAUACUUCUUUUAGUUUUUGUUAGUAAAUCUCUUUUGAAAAACAGAACACAACAAAACGAAUAAUUAUUUAUUUCUGAAAAAAUGAAAUUUGAACUCUGGAAGUUGCGGUAUCUACGGCCAGACCCCAACAAACGUCUGUGGAUUGCGCGAACCUAUAUUGUCUGGUUCUUCUCAAAAGCAGAAAAAAUAUAUAUACGUACGUAUUGGGCAUUUACUUGAUUUCGUAACGUGUAGAAAAUUAGCAACGAGAAGCUAGCAAAAUAUCUUCUUCGUAACAUGUAGAAUAUUCAAACGGAAAAACAUGCACCGUAUAUGCACCUCACUUCAUAAGUUAAUCUAUAAUCUCUAUAUAACACCACGUUACCAUAGUUUCUUGGCAACCAAGUCAUAUAAACCAAAGCAUUUAUAUCAAAACAUCUCCUACUUUUCUCUAUCUAAAAGAAUGGCUUCGAUAGUUUUCUUGAUUAUGUCCAUUGUGCUGAGUUACAUAACCUCUGGAGCCACAUCUCGUGGAGGAGUCUUCAAAGCUUCCGCCAUAAAGAAACAUGUGCAAUGGAUGUCUCGAUUCCAUCGUGUUUACUCCGACAAUUCUGAACAAGCGAGUAGAUUCGAGAUCUUUAAGAAGAACUUAGAGUUCAUUGAGACAUUCAACAUGAAUACGAACAUAACGUUCAAGUUGGAUGUCAACCAGUUUUCUGAUCUCACCGACAAGGAGUUCCGGGCGAAGUACAUGGGCCUAGUGGUCCCCGAAGGUACGAACGAAGUUUCAGAAACCGACAAGACUAUGUCGUUCAGAUAUGAAAAUGUCAAUGAAACCGGUGAGAGCUUGGACUGGAGACAGGAGGGGGCCGUUACAUCAGUUAAGAACCAAGGCCAAUGUGGAUGUUGUUGGGCUUUCUCGGCGGUGGCAGCCGUGGAAGGUAUUACAAAGAUUGCAAAAGGUGAUCUUGUAUCCCUGUCAGAACAGCAGCUGGUGGAUUGUAGCAGAGACUUUAACAAUGGAUGCAAUGGAGGGAUAAUGUCUAAAGCUUUUGAGUACAUUAUUAACAACCAAGGAAUCACCACGGAGGAUAACUAUCCUUACCAAGAAUCACAAGGAACAUGUUCUUCAGCCACCCAAGUUACUGAUUUCAUUGCUGCUACCAUAAGCGGAUACGAGACGGUUCCAAGUGAUAACGAGGAAGCAUUGCUAAAAGCGGUAUCUAAACAGCCUGUUUCUGUGGCGAUAGCUGGAUCAGGGGCUGCGUUUAUGCAAUACUCCGGGGGGAUAUUUGACGGAGAGUACUGUGGGACGCACCAGACUCAUGCGGUUACGAUUGUUGGUUAUGGGAUUAGUGAAGAAGGGACUAAGUACUGGUUAUUGAAAAACUCAUGGGGAGAAAAUUGGGGAGAAAAUGGUUACAUGAGAAUCAAGAGAGACGUGGAUGCACCUGAAGGAACGUGUGGUUUGGCCCAUUUUGCUUACUAUCCACUUGCAUGAAUCCUGUUAUGUUGUUCGAAUAUAUUUACAUGGGGUUGUUCAUAGUAAUUGACAACAUCAUUAUCGGAUAUCUUAUGAAACUAUAUACCGGCGUUUUCGUUGGUUAUUUCUAUUUUGGAAUUUAUGUUGAUGAAACCAUGUAUGUCGACGUUGGUGUAGUAAUGUAUAACUAUUUUGUGGUAAUUAUUAGAUCUAUGUCCAAACAUAUACUGACCAGUCUUUCUGGAAGUAAACAAUGGAACUUAGCCACUUCGUAAAUGACUCUUAUCAAGUUAUUAAACCUGGCCCUAGAUUCAUUGAAAAUCAUGAUGACUCAUAACACCAGCUUGAGGUUGAACUUUGGCACUCCUGUCUUGAACAACUUCGAAGAGACGAU